AAUGGUUGCCCACAUGGGCACCUCUUGAUAAGUCUCCAGAAUCUAUGCUUCAAAUACAAACAGAACAAAGAAGAAGAAGAAGAAGAAAGAAAGAACAAAUACUUAUCUCUUUUGGUUAUCUCUUUGUCUGAAUUUUUUAAAAAAUGGAUCCUACUUUGAAUGAUCAUCAAGAGUUGGAACAAAUCGAAGCUAUUGAUGAUCUUCUUGAAGAUUUCUGGUUCUUUGAUAACUUACUUGACAGAAGAUCAAGAAUCUUGAGGUAUUGCCAUUCAGAUCCUUAUCCUCUUUCUCCUCCUUCCUCUUCCACUUGUCCUAAACCCGAAUUCUCAAAAGAUGGAGACUCCAAUUCAGACAAGAAGCUUCUAAAAGCUCCCACCGGGGGAAAAUCGGUUCCACUACCGUGUAUAGUGAAUAAAGAAGGUGGAAGCGAGCCUGAGAAGAUAAACAAGAUGAGAAGGCAGUUCUCUGAAAAGAUUAGGGUUCAAGAACGAAGAGCUUACUUGCAAAAGAAGGAACCUGUCGUUCGAGAGAAGGGGAUUAGAGGAAGCUCUAAAAAGAACAGAGCUGGUGGUACUAGUAGUUUUUGUAAUAACAAUAGUCUCCAGUGUUGCCCGAUGGGAGGGAGUUUGCAGAGAACUCAGACGUUACCGAGUUACAUAGGAAGAGAAGAUGUUGGAAAUGAGUUUCAAGAUCAAGAGACUGACGAUUCCAGAAUGGGAUUCUUGAUCCGUGAAGCCAUCGCUAGCUCUUCUUCUGAGUUUACUCCAACGAAACAGAACACACCAAAGAGUUCAAGCAUUCCAAGACCUAAACCACCGAGACACUCGAGAUCAGAAGAAGCUAUUCAAGAGAUGGUGGCCAAGUCACAGAGAAGCCCAAGAGGUAAGACGCUGCGUAAGACAUUAAGCAGCGUCGAUACAAAAGAGCUUCUUAUGUUGAAGGAAUUGGACAUUACCGAACCUGAGACGAACCAAGCAAAUGAUGAGGAAGAACAGAGGAGGGUCCCACGGGCAGCCGUGAAAAGCCGGUCUGCAGCUGUGGUGGUGGGUCAGCCGAUUCCUAUUUGGGUGCCAAAGGAGUCAAGAAGAGACAUGAAAGCUCAGAUCAAGUUUUGGGCUCGAACCGUCGCAAGUGGAGUCAUUGCUCUCAUUACUCUAUAACUUCAUUACUACUAAUCUACUGUUGAGUCAGGGCUCUCAAUCGUCAGACUAUUUCUGAUAACUUCUCGGUUAGUUCCUUCUUUUCUCUUGAUCGUCCUCAUUGCUUGUGUCACAAGUUCUUGUUUCAGUCUAUCUUUGCUUAGUUGCUGGAUUAUUAGCAAGUUGUAUUAUUACCUUGCGGUCCAAGUAUCAUCAUGGUCUCAACUUCAGCACAUAACCGAAAUAAAUAAAAGAAAUGGAUAAGCAUCGCCAUGGUCUCAAUAUCUGUAAAUGCCCAUAACUGAGAUAUAAGAGUUAUGUCUUAAGUAUCAUCAUGGUCUCAAUAUAUCCUUUUGAUGAUUGCUUGUGUACAAUAAGAGUCUAGCCACACCAUGGUUUCUGACGUUCUAUGUGCAAAUAGAACCAAGCGAUAACAUUCAUUGAGUGAAAAGACCUAUUCUUGCUGAGACCCUCAAACUUGUACAAAAUAUUUAUAUGCG